CCCCGGCGCACCCACGGCGCUCUGCCACUUGUCCCCGGUCCUACAGCCUCAGCAUGUCGGAGACCGCUCCCGCCGCUCCUGCCGCCGCGCCCCCCGCGGAGAAGGCCCCCGUGAAGAAGAAGGCGGCCAAGAAACCCGCAGGGGUGCGCCGCAAGGCUUCUGGGCCGCCGGUGUCCGAGCUCAUCACCAAGGCCGUGGCCGCCUCCAAGGAGCGCAGCGGCGUGUCCCUGGCCGCGCUCAAGAAGGCGCUGGCGGCCGCCGGCUACGACGUGGAGAAGAACAACAGCCGCAUCAAGCUGGGCCUCAAGAGCCUGGUGAGCAAGGGCACCCUGGUGCAGACCAAGGGCACCGGCGCCUCGGGCUCGUUCAAGCUCAACAAGAAGGCGGCGUCCGGGGAGGCCAAGCCCAAAGCCAAGAAGGCGGGCGCGGCCAAGCCCAAGAAGGCUGCCGGGGCGGCCAAGAAAGCCAAGAAGGCCACCGGGGCCGGCACUCCCAAGAAGAGCGCCAAGAAGACCCCGAAGAAGGUGAAGAAGCCGGCGGGGGCUGCUGUCGCCAAGAAAGUGGCCAAGAGUCCGAAGAAAGCGAAGGCUGCCAAGCCGAAGAAGGCCGCCAAGAGCGCAGCUAAGGCCGUGAAGCCCAAGACCGCCAAACCCAAGGUUGCCAAGCCCAAGAAGGCUGCACCCAAAAAGAAGUAGGCUAUUGAAGAACGUCUGCUUCUGAAACCCAAAAAGGCUCUUUUCAGAGCCACCACUGAUCUCAAAGAAAGAGCUGAACCUUCUAACCCUGUCCCUUUCCCCCUUUAACCUUUGGUUUUAGGUGUGGUUGGCAGCUACAGUUGACGGCCAGCCGAAAAGGGGCGGCGGGGGUCUCUGCGCGACCCUAGGGCUCGUCCCCUGCCCAGCGGUAGCCCGGGUGGCCUCCCCCGCUACCUUGCGGAAGCGCUGUCCCGGAGGCGCGCGCUCGCGCGCCAGCCCCGCCCCGCGCCAGGCCAUCGAAAACAACCACAAAUCAAGUCAGCCAGUUCUUGGUCUCCAGGAAUCCCCCGAUUGGGUUGGAAAGCCGUUCAAAAGUCCCGCCCUGCUCGCGGGUUGGCCCACUCCUCCGGCCCACGCUUUUCAUCGCGUGUUUUAUUGGGUGGAGGCCGGCCUCUUGUGUAUUCUGUGUACGUUUCGUUUCCAGUGGAUUGAUUGUGCCUUUUUCGCCCGGUAAGUGUGUGUCCCUGAUACCUCGGACACUUCCCAUGGUUUGGAGAGUCCAGCUCGUGUCCGGGAACGGCCGCAGCACCCCGCCGGGGAGGAGACGGUGCGGGCGUCCGUGCCGCGCGCUCCCGUGGGCCAGCCCGCGCGCUGCGGCCGCUGAGGACCGCGUCUGGACCACCGCGCGGCGGCGGCGGCGGCGGCGGCGGCGGCCACCCUGCCACCGGGCGCCGCUGGACCGGCGCCCUUCUGUCCCUCGCGUCAUGUAACUUUGCGCAAAAGUGUGAUGGAUCGGAGUGCAUCACAACAACCCUUCGUCGGCCAUCUUGUCCCGGCAGCGGGUCACCGAGCGUCGUUUUCGGUAGACGUCAACAUCUAAACGCCGGAGAUGCUUUCAACGCAUUUUUGCGCGGCCGAAGUCCCAACGGCUUCUACGCGAGUAACGUACGGGUAAACCUGGGAACGUAUAUGCAUGUGUUCGGGUGAAGUGAUGUCUCUAACGAAGGCCUUUAGUUUAUCUUCACGGCGGUAUCUGCGGCUUCUUUCAUACUGAUGGCGUUUCUUCUGGGCAGAGGAAAGUCCAGCGUCGUGUUUUAUAUUCUGGUCAACACGGAUUUUCCUGAGACAAGUUCCAGGAACCGGGGCUUCUGGAGACCCGAAGCUCAGUUCUUCGCCCAUUGCCACAGCGACUGAUGUAGUCGUUAAGUAACUUAGAUUAAUUUCCCCCCAUUACCGGUAGUGACCACGGAGUUCAUUCCUGCCCGCACCGUCCCUCCCAACGGAAUGGGAUACUUUAAGGUUCGUUUUCAUGUGUAGAAAGACCUCCCUUCUUUGAGAGCACAGCGCACCCGCGCGCGCGCAUUCACGCCAAGAAAGUUUUCCCAAGACAACUCUUUGAAACCUGUUCACCUUUGUCUGAUUAUGGUGAGAUACUGAAGAACAAAUCUGGAUUUGGGUAAGAGAAAAUGGAAUUGAAUGUAUUUGGGUAAGGGUUAAUGAGAUGAGAAGUGCGAUUUGCAGAUGUGCCCGUAUAUAGUUCAGUUCUAGCCAAUCUGAAGUAAGAAUGGUGUCAAGGAGUUUUCUCCUGUUCACGGACAAACUCAGCUGGAUUACAGACAAGAUGUCAGACUCCUGUCAUUAUAUGACAUCUACAUUUUCGUAGCAACCGCGCUGGCAGUGAAUGUAUAGUACAGACGAGUCAAGAUUUGAAAUGUACAGAACGGGAAGCUAGUCCAUGAAGAAAUCCUCUAAAUUUUACAACUCACAUAUGCAAAAAGCUUGACAGGAUUUUCUAAAUUUGAAAACAGUCUUACACAUGACAUUACCAAUAAUGUGCUUUGAAGCUGAAAGUACUAAGCGAUCAGGAGAACAAAACAGUUUGUGAUCAAUCGUGCUGGAGGAAAUACUGAAUUCGCUUCCUAUUGUCUAUAUAGAAAAUAGUACAAAAUAACUUUCGAGUGAAGACGAAGUCGGAGUAUGCGGUCAAAAAACAGGAAAAUAAGCAUGAUAAGGUUGUGUUUGAGAGUUAAUAAAAUGUGCUAUUCUUCUGAA